UUCUCGAACGGACGUAAAUUCGAAACUCGGAGGUACAAGAACUUAUUGGAAAAUGCCACGGUUUUAUGCAUCGUAUGAGAAUUCCAAGAAUAAAAACGAGAGGCUACAGCGAAUCCCUUUCCCUGACAACAUUUGGAUCGCAAUAGAUACACUUAUUAUGAUUAUGGUGACAGCUGGUGUUGUCCUCUUAUUCACUUUCGUGGACGCGAUUCAGCGAUUCUUCGAAAGGAAUUCUUGGGUGAACUUUAUUAUUAUAGGAGUCAGUUCGUUUGUGCUCUUGAUAUUCGCGUUGGUGCCAAAAGUUCGAUCACGACCAAUUGGUGUCUAUAUCAUGCUUUCAAUUGUAAUCGCAUUGUUGUCUGUGGGAUUGGCUGCCCUUUUGUCACCUGUUGGACUGAAAGCUGGACUCAUAUCUCUGGCCUGUAUACUUGUGGUGGAAAUUCCAAUAGUUGUGUUGGCUAUGCGCAUGCGUCGAAUGAGUGAAAUGGGGCUGAUAGUGUUCAACUCGAUCACAUUGUUUUUAGUGAUUGUGGGAGUCAUCUUGAGCAUUUCGGAUGUGUUCUUCGAGCAAAAUAUAAUUUUCUUUAUGGCGGUAGCUUUCUGGAUAUUAUUCAUACUCUUCUUUUUGUUCACUUGUGUCAAUAAUCACGACUUGAUCGGUUGGUUGGUGGAUUUCAAUGCCGUGGAAUUUACCACAGCGUUCAUCAUUUGGUCUUGUACGAUCUGCAUUUUCGGCUUGUCAGAAAGCAGUUUGGCAUUCUUCUUCAAUGAAACAAAACAACAGUCUGGUUUGUGAAAUUCUUCUUCCGGCUUAUAUUUAUUGGCAGACAGUAGAAUGGGACGAUGUCACUCUGUGGGCAUCUUCAUUUUAAUUUUGAUUUUUGUGAUUUCUAGUUCCUCUUCAAGAGAGAAUGUUAAUCAUAGUUUACCUUUCUCAUAUGAAGUGUGCUAUUACUUGCACAGACAUUUACACUGAUAUUCGUCUUCUGUAAUAAGAACACAAACUGUCUUUUUUCAAAAUAACUAAUUUCA